GACGUCACCGGUGGCACCAGCCUCAACUCCACCAACACUAAGUUCUACCCUGGAUCCAGCGAACUUCGAGGUGAUUUGGGCUGACAGCGCCUCUGAGCAAUCAGACGAUUGGUCAGACCUUGCACAAGAUUCUCACACUGUCCAAGAUACCCCAUCUGCCCUCGACGCACGCGCAAUGGCGGAGGACUUCAGCGAAGGCCGCCUAGAGACAAUCGUCGGCAGCCCGCAGAAGGAGCUGGCAGGCACCCAGAACGCCUAUGUCUCAUAUCUAGUGACUACAAAGUCCGACUACCAGUCCUUCCAGAAGCCCGAAUUCUCCGUCCGCCGCCGCUUCACCGACUUCGUCUUCCUCUGGAAACAGCUCUCGAAAGAAUACCCACAAUGCGCGGUCGCCCCGCUGCCCGACAAGCACAAGAUGGAGUAUGUUCGUGGAGACCGCUUCGGUCCGGACUUCACCCAACGGCGCGCCCACUCUCUGCACCGCUUCUUGAAGCGAUUAGCCUUGCACCCAGUGCUGCGACGAGCCAUGCUUCUCAUCACCUUCCUUGAGAGCCCAGACUGGAAUCAGCACAUGAAGGGGAGAUCCUCAAGAGCUGCGAGUGGGUCGGAACCUGGCGGCGGCCUCGUAGACGCGAUCGCAGAGAGCUUCGUCAACACAUUCACCAAGGUGCACAAGCCAGACAAGCGCUUCAUCGAAGUCAGCGAACGAGCGAGCAAGCUCACAGAAGACCUGAACAACGUCGAGAAGGUCACUGUCCGCGUAGCCAGGCGGCAGGCCGACCUCGAACAAGACUACGCGGACCUCGCAACACAAUGCCAGAAGCUAACAACCCUCGAACCGGCCGUCGAGAGCACGCUGACUUCUUUCGCCGCCUCCGUAACAACCACAUCACAAGGCUUCAAAUCCAUCAAAGAGCAUACAGACCAGAACUACCUCACCUCCCUGCGCGACAUGGACGCCUACAUCCUCGCUCUGCGUAAUCUCCUCCGCACGCGCGAAGGCAAACAGCUCGACUUCGAAGCCCUCUCCGAAUACCUCGCCAAAUCUGCCGCCGACCGCGACUCGCUUGCCUCCCAGCACGGUGCAGGUAUGGGCGCGUCAGGCUUCUUACGCAGCAAAGUCGAGGAUUUUCGCGGUAUUGACCACGACCAGGCGCGGCGCCAGCGCGUGCGCAAAUUGGAGGUUGAGAUCGAGCGGCUGACGGGCGAGGUUGAGAAUAGCAAGAAGGCUACUGAGGCGUUCGAUGAGCAUACUGUGAAGGAAGUAGCGGACUUUGAAAGAAUCAAGGCGGUCGAGUUCAAGGACACGCUGGGUGAUUUGGCUGACGCGCAUGUGGAUUUCUUUCAAGGGACGAUUGAGACGUGGGAGAAGUUCUUGGGGGAUAUGAGGAAGGAGGAGGAUGAGCGGGAGGUUGCUGCGUCGUAGAGUGAUGCUGCAAGCAUUGAUCUGGGAGAUGGAGGUGUGCACGAAGUCGCGAGAAUUGAUGUCUUGCGCGAGGAGCUUAUCACUGCGGAAUUGGAGUUUACGGGCUUGCUGGAGUCUUUCCAGAGACACUACCAGUGAGCGAGCGUAGAGGCGGU